UUUUACGAUUGAAGAUUCGAAGACCUUCAUCGACUUUCGUCUUAUUGGGCUGUAGCUUGUGCUCGAAUACAUGUAGUAAUAAGGAUCCCAAACGCAAUGGGUUUUGACCGAAGCUCGAGCUUUAAAAAGGAAGUUGCUCUCUGAUCGAAUGAAUCGAAAGUUAAGAGAAGAUGGGACUCACACUUUGCAAUGUUGCCUCCGACGAACGCCACUAUGGCGACUUUAUUUGCGUCAUUUGCCAGCAGGUAGUUGACUUGGAUGCAUUGGUGACAACGCCUUGCUCCCACUGUUUUUGUAAUCAGUGCCUUACUGAAUGGGUCGACAGAACGAGUAACAACGUGGUCGAUGAUAGACUUCCUUAUCCGUACGGCUCAUCCUCGGCAGCGCCAAGGUGUCCGACGUGUUCCCACGACAUUCUCUAUUCACACAAUGUACAAGCAUCCAAGUACGCUGCCAUGAUGAUUGGGAAGAAUACCGUCACUGUGCAACCGUUGCAGACAUGCCAGCCACUAGCCUACCGAGUCUUGAAAAAAAUUAAAGUGAACUGUCCGCUGGGAAGCAGAGUAGGGUGUCAAUGGUCUGGAGAUUACGGAGACCUGAAGGAUCAUUUGCUCUCCAAGACAGCACAUGAUGAUUGCGAAAUUCCAGUGGGUUCUCUACCAACUACAUCCCCAGCCAAGGAGAGUGCAAGCAAACAGUCUUCGACCAGUGCAAUUAUCGAGCAGGAGAGGCUGUUUUCAUUGGCAAUAUCCUUCAAGGACGAAGGGAACGACCAAUUCUCCGCAGGUCACAUUGAGGAGGCGAGAGAAUUAUACAGCAGGGCCUUAACAAUGCUUUCCAAGACUACUGAUGACAAGCUGAAGGCCACUUGUUACUCCAACCGUGCAGCAGCAUUGCUAACUCUGGAGAGGUACUCGGAAUGUGUCCAAGAUUGCACCAAAGCCAUUCAACUGAAUCCUUCCUACCUCAAGGCGUAUGUUAGGAAAGCCAAAGCUCUAAAGCAACAAGGGAACCUCCAUCAAGUUGCGGAAGUAUGGGCUCAAGCAGCCGAGAAGUGUCCUGAUGAAAGUGCUCAGAAAUUGAUCAGAACCGAACGUCCAAAGGCUGUGUAUCUAAACCAGCUCAUGAAGGAUGGAAAGCAACUUCUGGGGCAAGGCUCCUUUGCUGGGGCCAAAGCGGCCUACGGGAGAGUGCUGCUGGAGACUUCAGCUCCAGAUGCCCUGGUUGGUGCCGCCAAGGCUGACCUUGGUCUCGGUCUGACAGAAUCCGCCAUGAGGUUCAGCCAUCAGAUCAUCCGAGGUUUGCCUGACCACAUCGCCGAGGGUUAUGAAAUUCGUGGUGAAUGCCUCUUCUUGAUGGGUGACUUUGAAGGGGGGCAAAAGCUGUUAAGCGAAGCCUUGCGACAAGCACCUGACUUGAAGUCAACACAGAUCUUGCGCAAACGAUGCAACAAAGUAGUGGCGCUUGUCAAGGAGGCUCGAGAUCUAGCUUUUCAUCGCAAGUUUGAACAAGCUGUCGAGACCUACACAGAUGCAAUCAAAGAGUUUCUUAUCUUGCCUCCCAAAUCCACAUUGUUUGGAAUGUUGUACACGGAACGUGCCGAGUCCUACCUGCGUUUGAAGCAAUACGAUACAGCGUUGAAGGAAGCUUUGGUGGUGCUUCGUGUUCGUGAGGACUACAAGCCUGCAUGGUUAGUGAGACUUCAGGCAUUACAUGGCUUAGGACGCCACGCUGAUGCAAAGAGUGAUGCUGAUAACCUGGUGCAGAGGUGGGGAGAUGAUACAGAAAUCCGACAAGCACAGACGAAAGCGGACUUCAAAGUUCGCAAGCAGCACCGGCUCGAUCUCUACAGCUUUUUGGGUGUAUCUCCGGUGGCUUCUGAACUCGAAAUCAAGCAGGCCUACAAUCGUGAGUCGAGUGAAUGCCACCCCAACAAGUACGGAGACGACAGCGAAGCUUCCGAAGAUGAGAAAAAGGCAGCAGCGAAGCGAUACCGUCUCUUGGGAGACGCCCUGGAGAUUUUGUGUGAUGAUUUCAAACGGCAACUCUAUGAUGCUGGGUAUGACCAGCAAGCUAUCCAAGAGCGAACGGAAAAGGCUCGUAGGGCGGCAAAGUCUCUGUAAGUUUAGUUACAAAUGGUUUUCUCUGCCAUAGUAGCGUCCUGAUACAGUACGAUA